AUGCCGCAACCUGAGCAUGGCGUCUACACAGUUUUCGUGGAGCUUCCCAAUACUAAGCUGGAGCUGCUGUCUCCACUGGGCGAGAAAAGUCCUAUCCAGGCGUUCUUGAACAAGAACAAAGACGGCGGUAUGCAUCACAUCUGCAUUGAAGUCAAGGACAUCGAAAAAGCUUUGAAGAGUGUCAAUUUGGAGAAAAAAGUGGAAACCCAGGAUAAGUUGAUCGAAGACCUACAACGUCGAAUCGCCCUGCACGUGCAAAGGAACGAUGAAUUGGUGCAGCAGCGAAACGUGUAUAUGCAGCGGAUUCCUGCUUUGGCCGAGGAGGUGGCGAAGUUGAAGAAAGCCAGUCUCACCGCAAAUGCCGCGCUCCAGCAGAUGAAUACACUGCGAAUCCUACCUACCUCAAUCGGUGGCUGGGUGAUGCCUCCCGUCAUCGCCAAUGGCGCCUAUCGGCCAACGCUCACGCCAACUACAGACUUUGCCGACUUUCUUCUGUCUCGAAAGUUGCACACUGUCGCGCAGUAUCAGGUCCCCAACCAGUGCAGUUUGCAGGAUUGUGCGGUGGGAAUAUUUUACGCCUUGCGCUCAAGCCACCAGAAAUGGAAGAUUGGUACCGUGAUUCGACCGACCAGCAACGAGGCGGGUACAAAGCUGAAGAUUUGCUUCGAUUUUACCAAAAACUUAUGUAUCCAAACCGACUGCUUGAACGCGAUGGUGGUGCUGUUCACUCCGAUCGGCAACUACUCCAGCAGUCUCUUCGUCCAGGACUCGAUUGCUCAAGAUUUGUAUCCUAUGGUUGACCUCUAUCCGGCCGCCAUUUUGGAUAGUGAUGCCGAGGCGGAUCCUCUUGAGGAGGAAGAGGACAGUGAUAUCGAGGAGGAAGAGGCCCUUCAUGUUCGUAAGAAGCGUAAAGUUGCCGGUGCUGCAACGGAAUUUGCGGCCUCGUUUCAAUUUGACAUGUUCGGUGGCACAAAUGAUGCCGACAGAGAAAAUCAGGAUUUGAAGAAAUACCUGAAAAAGACGCCAACUUCGACCCUUGAAGAAAAGAUUGCGGCCGAACGGAAACGAAAGAGCACCGGGGAAGAAAUGAAGAUGUCGCUUGGGACCGAGAAUCCUGAUCAGGAGAUUGAGCAACUUGGCAAGGAUGCUAGAGAUGCCCUGAAAUUGAAGGACAAAAAGGGAAAGGGCAAGAAGAGCAAGGCGGAAAUGGAUUUCUUCGAAGAGUUGAAGGCUACAAAGGAUGAGGACCGGCUUUCAUUUGAUCAAAUGAACUUGAGCAGACCGAUAUUGAAAUCUAUCGGCUCGGCUGGGUACACGGAACCGACUCCAAUUCAAGAAGCUUGUAUUCCUGUGGGAUUGGCUGGAAAGGACAUUUGUGCUUGUUCGGCGACAGGUACAGGCAAGACGGCAGCUUUUGCUCUUCCAAUCCUCGAAAGGCUGUUAUAUCGCCCCUCCCAGCGCUCCAUUACCAGAGUCCUCGUCCUCGUGCCUACUCGUGAAUUGGCCAUCCAAGUCUUCCAAGUAUUCCGCAAGCUCUCCGUCAAUUUGCCGCAUCCGCCGGAUGUUUGUCUGUGCGCUGGCGCAAUUUUAUCUUCAAAACUUGUCAACAUCGGGAUGAGAUCCCGU